GGGUGUGGCCAUGACAAAGGCAGAGUAGGCGAUUCGGCGGGUGGUUGACCACACGGAAACUAAAAUCAUGAUUGAUUUUAUAUGCAAGCUGCACAUAAACGAUUCUUAAACAAGCGUAAUAACUUUUAUCACUGCAUCCUCUUAAACAUCAUAUGCCUACAUACGAUUUUAAACAGUAAUCUUAAUACAUUUUAUGUGCGUAUUUCACAUAACCGUAUCUGACUUCUGCUUGAUAAAAAAUGUUGUUCAUGCAAAUAUCCUUUGUGAGCACCGCAUAUAAGUUGUAUGUUCACGAUAGUAUAGAUUUUUGCAGUAUGCUUUUACACAUAAAACUUAUAUGCAAUGUUCACAACAUUUAUGUACACGUGCUCGAAUGUGUGCAUAAAAUUUUUUGGUCAAACAAGAUGGCGAAAAAUUGGAAAACAGAAUCAUUUGCGUGCUGUUUCCGAAAGUUCCUCUAAAAUAAAGUGAUUUAUUUUAAUCUAUAGUAGUUAAGUAGUUAGCAUGUCCUGGAGCUGAGUCAAUAGUUCGGCGUUCGUUUAAUCUGACGGCAUCAUUUCGGUAACCCGGCUUGCCAAUUUGCAAGGCCACAUCUGCAAGUAUCCAGAAUGUUCUCGUCGCGGCAGUUGGAAUGCGGUUCGGUAGUUCCGGGGGAGGUGGAGAGUACGGAGAUUAUCUGGACAACAGGUGCGACAGUAGACGGAGCGAGUCAUCGACGUCCUCCGUUUCGAACCACUCACACGCUUCCGGCUUGCCCUCAACGUGCGGUGUGUCACAGCAUGCGCCAACACCGGGCGACCAACGAUCUGCUGUCGGACCUGAGCGGACUUUUGCUGGGCAGUGCCAACGCUUUUGGCAAGUUGAUCCGUUCUGCAAACCUUCUUCACAAACCUGUUCCGCCCAACCCUCUAUCGCGCUCAUUCAAAACAACAAACAACACGACCUUCUCCCGGAACUUCCCACCGGAGAUUGGCUUUACUUCAUAACCCACAAGAUCCCCCUCAUUAGCACCUUCCUCAACCCGGACAAGUAGCUGCUUCUAGCGAUGGCAGAGGGCGUUGGGAGAGCAGAGGGGUUAUGACGAGGGGACCUGGUGGAGGAGCGAUUCGGCGGUCCAACUCAACGAUUGCACCCUGACAGCAAAGCGAUGCUGCCAAAGUCUGGUCACUUGCCAACGCCAUGCCAGAAGAGGUUCCCGCCAUCGACCGUGAUUGCUUGUGAAAGUCGUGAAAGUAUGUUAUUUAGAAUGUAAAUUUAAGGAUAAAAAAAACCUGCAAACUCGUUUAAAUAAAAAUACCUAAAUUAGCAGCAUCAUAAAAAUAUUGUAAAUAUCGUCAUCAAGGGUGACAUUGGGUAUGGGGAGGUGAGAUUGGGUCAUACAAAAAUGCUGAAAUUUUUAUGACCCAAUCUCACCCCCAGACCCAAUGUCACCCCUGAUGACGGUAAUAAAAAUUUAAAGAAAAUUAAAAAAGAAGGAAUACCAAAUAAAAAUAAAAUGCAGUACUAUUGAAAAUCGAAUGAAAAAUAUCAUAAACAUUAUUAACUUUACUGAUAUAUGUUUUAAGUGGAAGCAUAUUCAAAUCUGUGAGCAUUGCAUAUACCGUUCAUGUACCAUGCACAUACAUUUUAUAUGCGUUAACAUAGUUCUAAUUCGUAUCUAUGUAUAUGAUAUGCUUAUACAGAUUAUAUGCGGACCACACGCCGUUUAUGUGCAGACGCAUUCUGCAAAAAUCUAUAUGCGAAACUUAUAGCGACAAUCAUUAUUUAUAUUUCAGUGCAUCUCCGCGAUGGAGCGGUUCCUGGGCGAUGACGACGGGAUUUGAACAUUACGUUCCGGAUGGGUUCUUCGCAGAGUGGUCCUUCGCGCGUGUCUCACUAGAAGCCUUGCAUGAUGGAAUCUUUGACAGCGCCGAGCAGGGUUUUUUUUCCACUCAACGUUAGGGCUGGAGUUGCUUUGGGAGAGGUUGAGUGGAAGAUCAUUCCUCGGCGGGGAAGGCGUACUUUGUUUGUCUCCGGCAAGGUUCUUCUAAAGGUAUUCCUGACCCGGGCGCCACCUCAAUGGCAAAGCUCAGAUUGUUGCGGAACUCGUGGGAGCAUGCACUUUCCAUCAGCUCCUCUUCGGCGUCGACAGUCGAGAUCGAACCGUAUCUGCGGUUCCGCAAACGGCGCAGUGGACAUUUUCGAGCCAGUUACAUGAAUCUGCUUUGGAGCCGGCGGCUUGGUUAACGGUUCGAACGCUCGCUACCUUCUCCCUACGCUCUUUAAGCUGCUCGAGGACUUGCUGGACAAAAAUGUUCUCCGGGCAGUCCAUUCCGUCGACGAGUUGGGAAAAUUUGAAGGGAUCGUACCGCAGUAGCACCACCAGAGCGCAGCGAUCUUGAGCCACGGACGUCGAGUACCGAGUGAAUUCGCCGCCGAUCUUCGACGAGCAGUUGACCUGGACGCACACCUCCAGCCGUCGCUGUGAGUUCCAUAUCGAGCAGGUCACGCGUCGUCUGCGCCAAUUCGUACUCGCCGUGGUGAACUGCGAGACUCGUCCUGUAUAACGACCCGUCCUGCGUGUCUUCGUGAAUCAACUUGACCAACUCGUGCAGUCCUGCCGAAUCGCGCAAGCCUCAUGCCCACCUUGCUCUAACCUUUGCUGUCGAGCACCUCGCCACUGUCGUAUACUCGUACAUUUGCAGAACAUCUUCUUAAAACUUUUC